AUGCAAAGAAGCUAUGAGUACCACAGUAGCAGCAGCUAUUACGAAAUCAAAAGCCACAGCCGGUGUUAUGCCAGCGCCGUAUCCUCCGCAAAUGAGUACUUUCAGAGUCUCCCAAAUAUACCAAAAAUGCCAACCAUCAUUGCCGAAUUUACUCACUUGCCAAACUUCCACAACCUUCUGAAUAGUAACUAUUCGGGAGAAGAAGCUCCAAGGAAACAUCCGGAAAGGAUUCCCCAUACGAGCCAUCAGAACAAGAUUCCACGAGUGAAUUAUCAUCUUCACAAGCAGCAGCCUCAGAAGGCGCUAAAGAAAGUUCAAUAUCAUGAUAAAAGGACCAGUAAAGAUGGGAAACAAGAUUUUUAUGGCAGUCGUGAUGUAGAUGUCGACAUGGAAGCUGAUAGGUUCAUAAGGCAGAGGAGAGAGAACUUUGAUUUUUGCAGCAGGGAUAAUCGCGAUGCUUAUUAA